CUUCUGGCCGCUGCCUGAUUCUUAUGUUCCUUGGGCUUCUUUCUCCUCUUCAGGCUUGCAUCAGAUCUCGCAGAAUAAGGUGGCAGUGCUGCUCUUGGCUGGAGGACAAGGAACUCGCCUGGGAGUGAGCUAUCCCAAGGGCAUGUACAACGUGGGGUUACCCAGUGGCAAGACCUUGUAUCAGCUCCAAGCAGAAAGAAUCCGCAAAGUGGAACAGCUCGCUGGCCAGAGACACCGCUGCAAGUGUGCCAUCCCCUGGUACAUCAUGACAAGUGAGUUCACGCUGGGGCCAACGGAGGAGUUCUUUGUAGAACACAACUAUUUCAACCUGGACAGAUCCAACGUGGUCAUGUUUGAACAGAGGAUGCUGCCCGCUGUCACCUUUGAUGGGAAGGCCAUCCUGGAGGAGAAGGGGAAAAUUGCUAUGGCUCCAGAUGGCAAUGGUGGCUUAUACCGUGCUUUGGUGGAUAAUGAGAUCUUGAAUGACAUGAAGAGGCGUGGAAUCCUGUAUGUUCAUGUAUACUGUGUGGACAAUAUCCUCGUGAAAAUGGCAGAUCCAGUCUUCAUAGGCUUCUGUGUUUCCAAAGGGGCAGAUUGCGGUGCAAAGGUGGUGGAGAAGGCGUACCCGACAGAGCCCGUUGGGGUGGUGUGCUGUGUGGACGGGGUCUACCAGGUGGUGGAGUACAGCGAGAUCAGCCUGGAGACCACGCAGCAGCAAAGCCCCAGGGGGGGACUGAUGUACAGCACCGGCAAUAUCUGCAACCAUUUCUUCACAGUUGAGUUCCUGGAGACAGUGGCCCAGAAAUAUGAGCCGCAGCUGAGGCAUCACGUAGCCAUAAAGAAGGUGCCCUACAUUGACGAGGAGGGAAAUCUGGUAAAACCGCUAAAACCGAACGGGAUAAAGCUGGAGAAGUUUGUGUUUGAUGUGUUCCAGUUCUCUAAGAAUUUUGUGGCAUUUGAAGUUUUGAGAGAAGAGGAGUUCUCACCACUAAAAAAUGCAGACACAGCUGACAAAGACACUCCUAACACUGCUCGGCAAGCCCUCCUGGCCCAGCAUUACCGCUGGGCUCUCAAGGCUGGGGCCAGAUUUCUGGAUGAAAAUGGUUGUAGGAUACCAGAGAAACUCAGUCCCUCAGGAACUGAGGAUCCUCCGGCAGUGUGUGAGAUUUCUCCAUUAGUUUCUUACUUUGGAGAGGGUCUGGAGGCGUACAUGAAGAACAAAGACUUCCCUUCUCCCUUUGUACUCGAUGAAAACAAAGCGGCAAUGCUAGGAAAUGCUUGA